UAGAACCACCCAACAUCGACACCUCUCGCCUCCCUCCGGUGCAACGGGCUUUAAUUCGCUGAAAAGAAGAGGUGGGACAGAAGGAUAAGAAAAGAUUGGGGACGAUGGCGGAUCAGACGGCGAUAGGGGAGGAUUUCGAGAAGAAGGCGGAGAAGAAGCUCAAUGGAUGGGGUCUCUUCGGAUCCAAGUACGACGACGCCGCCGAUUUGUACGAUAAGGCCGCGAAUUGCUUCAAACUUAGCAAGAAAUGGGAUAGAGCUGGAGCCGUAUACAUCAAACUUGCUAGUUGUCAUUUAAAGUUGGAAAGCAAGCAUGAAGCUGCUUCAGCUCAUGUCGAUGCGGCAAACUGUUACAAGAAAACCUCAGUUCAAGAUGCUGCGCAGUCCUUAAACCAGGCUGUGAAUCUUUUCUUGGAGAUAGGCAGAUUGAACAUGGCUGCAAGAUACUGCAAGGAACUUGGUGAGUUGUAUGAACAAGAGCAGGAUUUGGAGAAGGCCAUGGAUUACUUUGAGCGGGCUGCUGAUCUUUUUGAAAGUGAAGAAGUAACAAGUUCUGCUAACCAAUGCAAGCAAAAAAUUGCACAAUUUGCUGCUCAGCUAGAACAAUACCCAAAGGCAACUGAAAUAUUUGAAGCAAUAGCACAGAAGUCAGUGAACAACAAUCUUCUGAAGUAUAGUGUUAAGGGUAUUCUUCUUAAUGCUGGCAUUUGCCAGCUCUGUCGAGGUGAUGUUGUUGCCAUCACUAAUUCAUUAGAGCGAUAUCAGGAACUUGACCCAACUUUUUCAGGCACACGUGAAUACAAGCUGUUAGCUGAUUUAGCAGCUUCAAUGGAAGAGGAAGAUGUUGGGAAGUUUACUGAUGUCAUCAAGGAAUAUGAUAGCAUGACCCGGCUGGAUUCUUGGAAAACCACACUUCUGUUGAGAGCGAAGAAUGCACUGAAAGCAAAGGAGGAGGAAGAAGAUGAUCUGACUUGAGGCCCAUAAAUUUCAUUGCUUAUUCUUUAUUUUGUCUAUACUUACUGGAUGGUGGCUUUUGGUCUGUGCAUGUAAACGAGUUUGGAUAUAUGAGGAUACGCUAUGCUUUUCAGCCGUGUUAAUGAGUCUGUUGCUCCUGGAGUUCCUGUUUUCCACCUCGAUCAUCAGAAUACCUGAAUGUCUGUAAUAAAAGUUGGUGUUUGUUUUUUAUUUUAAGGUUGCGUCACAAACAAUAGUGCAAUAUAGUAUAAUUGGGCA